AUUGUUCAAAGGGACUGGUGUUUUUAGGGUCAAUGGCUAAAACAGAUCGAUAACAAUAAGGACUUGAUCAAAUAGAUGAGCUUACUUUUCCUUUUUGUUUCGUCACCCUACGAGCGAACGACCCGAAAGGUGAAUGUGAGUCGUAUUUGCUGACUGAUGAAGAUCUGACGUCACAUCGACCACGAGCAAAUCGCUAAUUACCGCUAAGACUGGACGCUGUCAGCUCAUAAAGUGUGUUGGGUCUCCGUCGCACACACAGAGGCGGAUCGAGUCACCUGUAUCUGGGGCAAACAAUCAUUGUCGUCAACGAGUCACGCACGCACUGAUCACCUGCGAGGCUUUAUCUUGGUGAAACGGCUUAUAUAUCGAAAGAGAGUGCGCGCGCUGCCGAGAUGAGCUACUCCUUACAAUGAAUGACCAUCUUGACCAGUCGUCCUCAGUACUGACCACUCGAGCAUUAUUCCUCCCAGGCACUACUCUAUAUAGAUUCCUGACAGAAGUACGGGAGACGCUCUCCUCAUGACUGACUUUAAUUAUGUGGAAUUAAUUCCUUAUCAAAGAGCCAUCGGGGGCUUUCACAUACUCAUUACGUCUAUUUUCGUUCUAUAACCGCUCUCAAUCGACAACUAUAGAAUAUAUUCCUUUCUGAGGCCGAAUUCUUUUCAUUCGUCGAGGGAUGACCAUCUUCCCACGUCGGAGGUAGUAGACAUAGGUCCUACAACAUCAGGAUUCUAAUCUGAAUUUACCAUCAGGCAAACAAUUGUCGAACUGAAAAGUACUCCCUGAUUAACAUCAUAAGGAGGCAGUCCCAUCGCAAUUGCAGACUGUCGAACAUUCACGUUCAUCCGAGAUGCUUUGCUUCACGAGAAGAACAUCCGAACCCCUUCCUCUCGUGCGACCAAAGUCACUGACCCCAAUGCAGCAGAUUUCCUUGAUCGGCUGGUCUCUCUUUCGACCUGCCCUUGUCAUCUUGUCUUGCUUCUGGAUCGGGUACCUGACCGCCAUCGUGGGGCCGAUGCUCAAUGCAAAACACACCGCAACCAUCCAGCAUCGCGUCAGCCGCUUCGCCGACUACCUCUCCCUGCCGACCAACGUGUUCGACAACGGCAACCCCAUCCUCCGGAGGUCCAUCUCGUCGCCACCCAGUGACGACCCUGGACGAUUCCGCUACGUGCUGAUUCCUCUCACAAGCGUCCACACCAUGCCCUACCACAAGAAACGGUUCGAGGUCUGUAUGCAAAGUCUCCUGGAGAAGUCAUCGAUUCCGUUGUAUUUCUUCUUCGUGGUUGACGAACCAAGUAGGCUGUACCUGGAAGAAAAGAUGAGGAUAUUCAGGAGGAACUUCAGGUCGAUAGUAGAGAUAGAGUAUACGUUUUUGGACCAGGAGACGGUUGCAAGGAAGCUUGCCCCAUCUGUGUCGGUUGUCCAACAAAUCGUCAGUGGCAACACCCAGGGCUACUAUAACCAAUCCAUUUUCUUCCUGUCAGUGGCUAUUCAUCGAGGUAUCCUCCCCGAUUUCGUCCACCAAAUCAUCAUGAUCGACACCGAUCUCAAGUUCCUCUCCGACAUCAGCGGACUUUUCGCUCAUUUCGACAAGUUCGGAGAUAGUAACGUCAUGGGCAUCGCGCAUGAUCAACAGCCGACAUAUCGCGAUGCGUUCAGCGCGUAUCGUGCGCGUUAUCCCAACACGCGCGUCGGUUCGCCGGCCCCUAAUGGACUACCAGGUUUCAACAGCGGUGUUGUGCUUCUAGAUCUUGAUCGAAUGAGGAGCAGCCAACUCUAUAAUCACUAUCUCAAUCCCUUGGUUGCGGAGUUUAUCUCCAAUAAAUAUUUAUUCAAGGGAAACUUAGGCGAUCAAGACUUUUAUUCCCUGAUCGGGAAUGAAAGAGAAAACUUAUUUUACGUUUUGCCUUGUUCGUGGAAUCGACACCUUUGUCGAAAACUUUACGACCAAUACGCUCCCGUGUUUGAUUCUUAUUUUAGAUGCGAUGGUAAGAUCCAUAUCUAUCAUGCCAGCUGCAAUUCUACGUUGCCCGUUUGAACAACCAAACAGCUCUUUUUGAAAGUCGAUAAGAUUAAAAGCUAUCGACGCUUUUAAAAAUAAACCUUCACCAGUCCUGUCAAUGGAAAGCGCGUGAGGCUUUUUUUAAAUAAAAUUAUGCCCUUUCAUCUUACAGUGUGCUUCCCGCUCACCUUACUGAAUUCGCUAGAAACUUUGUCGAAUGGAAGAAAGUUGGGAGUUUCUUUGAAAGUAGGGUUAGAUUUGUCUUUGAAUUAAGCACAGAUGAACUUGUGGUCAGGUAUAAAUGGGCCCAGUGGCUACCAUGCCCCGUCCAAUGCGAAGGUUUAGGGUUCGAACCUCUGCCCAUCUGCCCAUUUUAGGACGCAUGCAUUGCAAGUUGAACAUUUGCCUUCCUCCAUCCAAGAGUAAACGGGUGCGCGGUAUUUCUCGAAGCUAAUGCUCAGGGACACGAGAAGGACACCAAUGCAGAUUAAGAUAUAAACAUAUAUGAUGCCAUUUCCAUGAUGAUGAGGAUGAUUACGACGGCGAUGACGAUGAUAAUAUUGACGAUGUUAACGACGACGAUGAUGAUUAUGGUGGCGGCAUCGGUGGUGGUUGUGCAUGAGGGUGAUGGUGAUGGUUGUGGUGAUUGAUGAUGAUGAUGAUGGUGAUGAUGAUUGUGUAUGGUAAUAACGAUGAUAUUCAUCGUGAUGUCGAUGAUGAUGAUGAAACACGAUGACGAAGAAGAAAAAUUGAUGUCAAGAAUGGGCACGUCCCUCUUAACCAUGCUUACUAUCACCACGGUUUCUUAAUGUUAUUUGAGUCUGCAAUCAAAUUAAUCUUUAAAUGACAUGGUAACAGUAUAACAACUAUGAUUGUGUAUGGAACUUUUUAAUGGAAGGACAGCUCGGUGGUUAAAUUGGUUUUAACAAAAGUAACCAAGAAAUGAGGAAGAUAUUUUGAUGCAGGUCUAAAUAAGUCCAUGAUGUUCAAAAUAAAUAAAAUCGUGCGUUUUAGUAUUCUAAUAUUUUUUUAAUAAAGUGUUAAUAAUUGACACAUCACAUGCAAGUGGCUCACCCAUAUAUUUUUGUUAAGUGAUAUUUUCUGUGACAUUAAUGGCGGAGCUGCUCACAUGUGACGUCACAAUUCAAAUUUUGAUAAAAUCAUAACCCCGUUCAUCCUUUGACGGACUUUCACCAAACCUUCGUUUAUAUGAAUUUACUUGAACCCAUUUUCUCAUUUUUAACCUACUAACCGAAAGAGUGAACGUUAAAAAAACGUUUAGUAUUUCCUUGUUCAUGUUAUCAUGCAUUUAUACACUCACUUCGACAACUAAUUCGAAAUGAUGUUCAAAAUGAAGUCAGUGGAGUACAAUUCAUGUGUAAUUAUUAUUGUCAUAAUUUUGUACACGUAUAUGGGUAUGAGUCAUAGACCAAUAUUUUUUGUUUUAAUAAUGUAAAUAUUGAUAUAGAAUGACAAUGCGAUAAAUUAUGGUGCUUUAUUUUCAGUGGGUAAAUAUAGAACAAUAAUUGUUUGUUCCCUAAUUUGCAAAUUGGUCUGCAAGUAUAUGAAUUGUUGUUUAUAGUUAGUUACAAUUUUAUUUUGAAAAUCAAGUUUUCAUAAUCCACAUAGCAUUAUGAAUAUGUGCUAUAUGAGAUCCACGUAAAUGUUUUUUUUUUAUUCAUUAUUGCGAUGAAAUAAGUCCUGGAAAAUCAUUUCAAUUAAUUGCCAAAAAUUGUAUUAUUUGUAAUGCAUUUAUUACAUUUAUCAAGGGUAAUAGUACACUUGUAAUAAGUGGCUUUAUUAAAACAAAACUUUCCUGAAGUUACUUAUGUGUAAUAUUUUGGAUGUAUUAUUUAUUUUUACAUGAAUAACUUGACUAUGUGAUCGGGUUUUCAUUUAAUAAAGUCUAAACACAUA